UUAAAAGCAAUUCUACUGCCCACAGCAGUCAUCAGUAUACGAGCGACAGCAGCUUAGCACAGUUUGGUGCGAACAACAGGCGUUUAGGAUUUUUCCACCCCCGAAAGAACAAACAUACACACAGUUAGUGCGCAAUAGCAAUGGCUUUGGAGCGUCAAGUUCGUGCAAAGAUCGCUGGCAAGCGUGACCUGGAGAAGGAUAAGGAAGCUCAGUACUGGAUCGAGGAGGUGCUCGGUGAGAAGUUCCCGGCCGGUGUCCUGUACGAGGAUGCGCUCCGAGAUGGACUGAUCCUGUGCAAGUUGAUCAACAAACUGGAACCGGGUGCAGUGGCCAAGAUCAACACGUCCGGCGGACAGUUUAAGAUGAUGGAAAACAUUAACCUGUUCCAGCAGGCGAUCAAAAAGUACGGCGUGCCUGAUCUGGACGUAUUCCAAACGGUGGACUUGUACGAGAAAAAGGACAUAGCACAAGUUACCAGCACAAUCUUUGCCCUUGGCCGAGCGUGCUACAAACAUCCAGAAUUCAACGGACCUUUCCUGGGACCGAAACCGGCCGACGAGUGCAAGCGUAACUUUACCGACGAACAGCUGAACGCGGGCCAGGCCAUCAUUGGGCUGCAGGCAGGCACUAACAAGGGCGCAUCCCAGGCUGGCCAGAACAUUGGCGCCGGUCGUAAAAUCAUUCUCGGCAAGUAAGCGUCACCAGUGGACGAGGCGGUACGAGCACCGGUCCGGAAAUGUGUACAAACGCCAUCCAACACCACCAAAAUACACGCAUAUACAUACACGCACACUAGCAGCGGAUGAAAUCCCGCGACCUACAUA